AGCCCUGGAGAAGGAUCAUGCGAAAUUCCGAGACAUCAACCUUGAGCCGGCUGUUUACACCUCCUUGCAUACAAAUUCACAUCUUCACCCGCACUCAUUCAGCACAACGCAGCACUCGCCAUCCUCUUCGAGGCCCUCAUCUAGGCCGCCUUCGCCUUUUGGAAGUUCCCGCCCAAGUCUACCAAGCCUGGCAUCGUCAUUGACUUCUGCCACCUUUUCAGUUGACGUUCUACCAGAUCGGAAAGAUAACGAGCCCUCAGCAAGACGUCCAUCGCUGCGUCCGUCUCUAAAAGCUCGUUUGCGAUCGUCACCAAGCUCUUGCAGAGCCUCGAGACCAUCAAUCCACGCAUUAGAUUUCCAUAACGAGCCUGAACAGCCUGAGAAGCACUUUAUUGAUUCGAUAGGAAUGGUUAUCCCCGGGGUCUGUAAUCGUUCUCGCUGCGAGCAUCCCAGAGCACACUUCGUCUCGCAUUGGAGGUUAUGUGAGCCAAUCGAGUAUACCACAGCCCUAGCAGAUCACGGAAUAACGUACUCUGAUUACUCUCGGUUGUUAAGUGCGCUGGUAAAUGUUCUUGACGAUACGCCCAGCAAUAUAAAGAAAGGGCAGCGCGAUACUCCAUGGUGGCCAAUUCGGCGACGUAAAGCUUCCAACGCCGUUGACUCCCCUGACCGAGACGGGCAGCGACGACCUUCAUCGACAAGGCGCCAUAAUAUCUUUGGCGUAGAACCGGAAGGCCAACACGGAGGUGACAGACAGCAAGCAGAGGACUUGAACAGGCUGCUAGAACAUAUUACCUCCCAUUGGCAGCGAAGAAGCCUCCCAGUGGUAGUCUGCGUUGGCUCUUUUUCUCUCUUCACGCCGAACAGGAUCUCCGAGGCGUUUAUACAGAUCCUACACGUUCCACUGGAACCGCGACCGGCGAAAACGUACGAACUGCGAGACGCGGCCCGACUGUCAUUUAUUGACCCCUUCGCCGUUGCUCGAUCGGAAGAAUGCAGUGUCGCCCGUCCACGCCCGGUCAUGAAGCGGAGAAGUGCGUCGCCUCAGUCCGCGAUAUCGAAUGACUCGCAUUUGUACCACCAUCAACAGCUCCAAUUCCGUGAUCGGACACGACCAUGGCCUCUCUGGCCAAAUGCAAUUCCAUCUCGGAAACUAGAACAGAUGGAUGCCAAUGCGGACCGUUACGGCGCAGAUCCACACUUCCGGGCCUGGAUUCGGGCGGGUAUCAACUCGAGAACAAAGUGUACUUCGUACGCCAAAUACAUGAUCGAAAAGGAUGACAAUCCCUUCAUCAACACACGUCUAGAGUAUGUCAAUCCUCCUGCAGGCGAGUCGCUGAUGAUGGGUCUGCUCGGGAUGGGUUCGCAAGAUAAGUCUCCAGGUAGCGUGAACAGGAAGUACUACGAGCACAACAGAAGACUGGAGUGUCGCAAGACAAUCGAGAACGGCUCGCGGCUCCGUAUCGUGAGAUUUGGUUUUCGGAACGCCCUGCACCCACCACACACCGCAGAAAUGGAGGCUCUCGGUCUGACGCGCGAGAAGUAUGACACAAUCGUACGCAAGAUCGAAGACAUUCGACAAAGUACUAAGACACCUUACUAUUCAACGUUCCUGAACCCAUGCAAUAAGAUACGCUGUCGCAACACGGUUGACGCGUUGAAAAAAAUCGGUGAAUACAUCCGCCAGAUCAACGGUGAGGGUCGGUGUGUAGUGUGGACUAUUGAGAAGAUCCCUGGUGUGUAUGAUCAGGGGAUAGGUUGCGACAAGCAGGAAUGGGAGAUCAGUGCGUGGAACUGUGAAGAUCCUCUGGAACUUUUGAUCCAGUUAGAGAGGUGGGGCAUCAUUGAGAAGAAGUUAGACCUUGAGGAUGAUGAUUGAUGUGAGGUCCAGAUAGUUGACUUUUAUAAUCGCACCAAUAAUUCAAACCUCCUCUAGCAGGUCCUACGAGAGGACUUGAACUGUUGUAAAGGCGAAGCAUCCUCUGGCAAGUGGUUGGCCAUUACAAGCGUCCAACCGCGGUGGCCCACUUGAAGAGGGCUCAGCUCUGAUUGGGGCGAAUGGUCCUCUGUGGUAAUACGGGCAUUCAAUGCCAUCUGCGACGGAAGCUAUGUCAUAGAGGAUUGGGUUGUCACCGGUCCUCGUUUCGUCCGUGAUGCCACCAUUGGCGUUGCGUACGCCCCACAUGCAGACAUUGCGUGGAGUUGUCGGAGAUCGAAUGGGAGAUGGCGGAGACGAAGCUGUGCCCUGCUCGCCCAUCAAUAUGUCUCAUCGCACGGAGCUUUCCGUAAAUUGUCAACGG